GUUGCUACAGUUGGAAUUUAUUUGGUAAAGCAGACCUUCGUCCUCAAGAAGAAUCUUGCACCAUAUCCACCUGGUCCCCGGGGGUGGCCUCUCAUCGGCAAUAUUUUAGAUAUGCCUCGCACCAAACCCUGGCUGACAUUUACUGAGUGGGGUCAGAAGUAUGGUGAUAUUACCCACAUCGAGGUUCAGGGUCGGCACAUCAUCGUGCUGAACUCUGUUAAGACUGCAAUGGAAAUGAUGGACAGCAAAAGCACUUUAUACUCUGACCGUCCUGUUAUUCCUAUGGCCGGAGAACUUGUUGGCUGGAAGGAUUCUUUGCCUUUGCUCCCAUAUGGCGACCGUUUUCGCCUGUAUCGCAGGAACUUUCAUCAGGUCAUUGGUACCCGUGCC